AUGAAGGCCGCUCUUCCUAUCAUCGCACUCUGCGCUUCAUUUGUCGCCGCUGUCGCUGUGCCCACUGCACACAACACCGAUGGACUGUCUAUCCGAACUGCCGAAGAGAUAGAGGACAUGCCCAUUGUUGACCUCCAGGUCAUCGACGAGCGUUUCGGAGACCAAGUCUUCAGUGGCACGUACCAGAGUGCCGUUGCCCAGAUGAAGGCGCUCAAGCCAGAGCUCUUUGCCGACGAGACUGAAGAUGUCUCGGUCGAACUCGGCCUGGAGAAACGUCAGGGAGCUCCGGUCAGCUGUAACUGGGGCGAGCGCAUUGGCAGUUGGAAUCAGUGCAUCGAUGGCAUGGUGUCUCUGGGAAGAGCCGGAGACAAGUGCUUAAUGCUAUUUGGAGAGUGCAUUGCAGAAGUAUUCCUUCCGACAUCAACGCCAUCGCCACCAAGUGCCAAGAUGUUUUUGGCCGGGUUUUGGUCGUAG